AUGUUGUAUCUCGAGCCUAAAGGUCGAGACUGGGGCUCAAUUGUGAACUGGGACGACCUUGGAAAGCUAUACGCCGGCAUCAUCAUCACAUGGACUUUACUGCUCGUUGCUGGCGCAAGCUGGCUGGUACUCAACAGACAGCUACCGUUCAUCAGGAUUCGAAACCUGCCGCUCAUGAUCGCCUCCACCGCUUUUCUUCACGUCUACCUCGUUAAGAUAUUGUUGGCUUAUACCACAAACGGGCACUUUCUAUGUUCGGCCGAGUUUUGGAUCAUGUCCAUAUACUUGCCCUUUGGUAUUGCCCUCUACCAAGCAUAUCUCGUUCAGCUGCGCAGCAUUUGGGAACAGCAACAAUCUCUGGUUCUGAGAAGUUCUAGUGGAGAAAGCAUUCGCAGUGCUAGCUCAACAGGCUUGAUUUCCAGAUGGCAACGGCUUUCGAGACUGCACAAGUCGUACCUUGUGAUCAGCUGCUUUAUGGUCGUGCAGCUUGUCGUCACUGGUGUGUUGUACGCGACCACUCCAACCCUACAAGGCGACUGGACGAGUUAUGGCAAAAUUUCACACGCCAAAGGUCAAAGUCUAUGUCGCAAGUCGCUUCAGUGGAUUCCAUCCGCAUUCUGGCAGCUGUUCUGGAGCUGGUUCUAUGGCCCCUACACCUUGUGGGAAGUCCGCCACAUACGCGACAUUCACUUUUGGCGAGCGCAGGUCAUUGUCAGUGUUAUUUCCGGCUUGCCUGGAAGUCCACUCUGGUUGGCUGCCCUGUACUCACCAGUGUUCAAGCCGGUGAACAGGCGCUGGGUGCCUCCUAUGUGGUUGGCUCCUGGCAUCAUUGUCAUGCAGUUUGUCACAGUCUUCUUCCCCAUCUACGAGGCUUGGCUGUCACGACGUGAUAUGAAACGUACACUUUCGAUGCUUCAAGCAUGGGACAGGAGUUCCGAGGCAGCGUUCAAAGAUGCAUAUUCUUUUGGCAAAUCAACACCAAAGACAUCCGUCGACGGAUCAGAUUGUAGUCGACAGUCAAUAUCACCAAAUAGUGAAACGAGAAUCAACACUAUGGAAUCUAUGAGAAAGACGUUGUCGAUCAACCCUGUACCACUCCUUGGCUUUGCAGCAACCAAGGACUUCACUGCAGAGAACAUUCUUUUCCUGGUGCAAGUCAGACGCUGGCGUCAAGCUUGGGCAACCGCUUUUAAUGGUCAAUCGGAAGUCGCAGAAUCCUCACGUGCAGGCCUCUUCGAUAUGGCUGCCGAAAUAUAUGAGACGCUUAUCAGUGAGCGGACAGCUGACUUUCCUAUCAACAUUGAAAGCAAAAUCAAAUUACGACUCGACUCUAUUUUCGAGACAACAACUCCAAACUCUCCAAGUCUAAGUGCCACGUCCUUUGACGACGCUCUUAACGACGGUGUCCCACGCGUUCAACGCAUGGCAUUGCGACAUCUGGAGAGCAGUGAUUCAGAGAAGACAUUAUGGAACAAGACUGCUACUGUCACCAUUCUCGAGCCUCUAUCCGAUGAGAAGCCGCUUGUAAAGACGACGACACCGAUAAGUGACGGCUUCGACGAGCAUGUCUUUGAUGAUGCAGAGAGAAGCAUCGAGUAUCUCGUUUUGACAAACACAUGGCAAAAGUUUGUUAAGGAAGGUAACGCCAGGAGAAUUGAUGCUGAGCUGUAG